AUGGGCACCGGCAUCACCUCUAUCCUCUUGCAUCAGCUUCCAUACCAGUUCAACGGCCUCGGCAUCAUCUCGAAUCUCGUCUUUGGCCUCAACGUACUGCUCUUUCUACUGUUCCUUGCCAUCAGCAUUGCCCGUUACAUCAUCUGGCCACAGCUGUUUUGGAUCAUGCUCUUCCACCCAACCCAAUCGCUGUUUCUGGGCACUUUUGCUAUGGGUAUGGCAACCAUCAUUACAAUGUGCGCCAUCUCUGCUGCGCCGGCAUGGGGACCGGGCUUUGUGACGUUCACCUGGACGCUCUGGUGGAUCAACGCCGUGCUCUCGCUCUGCAUCUGCAUCGGUUUGCCUUUUAUCCAGUUCACGCGUCACGUCCAGUCGCUUGACAAGAUCACAGCCGUGUGGUUCUUGCCGGUAGUCACCACGAUCGUCUGUUCGGCGACGGGCGGCUUGGUGGCAGAUUUGCUGGCUGCGCCACAUGCAAAGUUGACCUUGAUCGUUUGCUGGGUUUUGUGGGGCACAGGUUUCGGCAUGACGUUCCUGCUCAUGUCGUUGUACUACGCUCGACAGGCGAUCUACAAGAUCCCGCCAGCACAGUUGAUCGUCAGCACGUUUUUGCCGCUUGGUCCGUGUGGACAGGGAGCGUUCGCGUUGCUCCAACUCGCCUCGGUGCUGUACAAGCUCUCGGUCGAGCAUCAAGUGGCACUUGGUAGUGCCACAGCAAUAGAUGCCGAGACGGCCAAGAUCAUGGCCACCGCCAUCUACGCAGUCUCUGUUCCCGUAGCUCUCGUCAUCUGGGGUCUUGGCCUUGUAUGGUUGGUCCUCGCUGUAUCGAGCCUGCUCGAUCUAUGGCUCGUAUCCAAGCUCACGUUCAACCUUGGAUGGUGGGGGUUCACGUUUCCGCUCGGAGUCUUUGCUACGGCGGCGAUCAAGUUUGGCUCGGUGCUGGAUUCGCGCGCAUUUCGCGUUCUCGGCACCGUGCUUGCGUUGGUGGAAGUGGUGUUGUGGAUGUUCAUCUCGACCAUGACGUUGAAGAGGGCAUUGAGCGGGGCCAUCUUUUUCUCGCCGUGUCUCGCCGAGAUGUGCGAUGAGAGCGGUGAGCCGCCGAGCUACGUUGCGCCGGCGAGAAAGUACACGUUUGAACCGAGACCGGUGCAUCCAUUUGAUGUCGAGCACGUUGCAGAAGCCACCGAGAGGAGCAGGAGCAGGAUAAGAGGUACAAGCAUCGCUAGCAUCGCUAGGCUCGGCAGGGUCAAGCGCGAGAUAUCCUCGACCAGAGCUCGCAUGUGGAGUAUGAGCCGAUCGGAAUCCAGUGCAUCUCGAUUUCGCACAGAGACGAGUCGUGGCAGGAGUGCACAACGGACCAAGGCGCCAAUAGCUAAGUGA